CAUCUGGCUCAUGACUUAUUACAUACCCUGGCAGAUCUCGACAAAGGGGAUAAGCUCCUUGCGGUCAGCUCCCUACUUAGAAGCACUGAUUCAACGACUGAAAAUCCAGUGAAGCAUCCCAUAGGGCUGGCGGCUGUGGUUGUUCUGCAGUGGUCAUUAGUGUAUCUGAUUCGCCAAAUGGUAUUGCGGACAGCAGGGACCUUGAUGCUAGAGACCAAGACACGAGGCCGUCAGGACCAAGACUCGUAUAAGCUUUCCGGCCACGCCAAUCUAGGAUAUAUCCGCCAUGCCCUUGCUUCUCCUAGAAGAUUGCGCAGAGAUGUUGUUCUGGGUGUCACAUACAACAUGCUGUUCCUGCUGUUAAACAGCUUACUUUCGAGCAUCUCAUCUUCGUUGACUUGGGAAUUGAUCUCUCAAGUCAUUGUGGGUCUGCUUCUAGCAAAUCUGCAUCUUCGCUGGACUUGCAUCAUUCUCUCAAGAAAGCCAACACGAACAAGGAUCAUCUCAUUUCCAAGCCGAGAGCUGAUACUGCCAUCAAUGGUGCAUAUACUUGCUCAACAAGCAACAGCAAGACUACCUGUUCACCUCAGCGAGACGAUUUCUAAGCUGCACUUGGAUAAUCUUGUGGGUAUCGCUGUUGCAGACGCUAUCAUUCUAGCCACGACUUUUGGUAUACGACUGCUUGCUCUCUAUCCUGCUUUCGCUGCUCGAGUGUUGAUGGAAACAAGGUGGAUAACAGAAAGAGUACCUACUGACAGCACAAGAAGACUGGAGCUUGGAUCGAAGGCAUAUGGCGAGGCUGUGAAAUUAUGCUUCAGAAGGACUACGCUUAGCUUCGGAUUGCUGCACUUGCAAAUGGUUUCGGUGCUUGUGGUCUUUGAGCUGAUCAUGACGCCUAUUCUCUACAGAACGGUAUUC